ACAAGAUGGACCGGGUAUUGCGUGUUCUUCUUUACGGCUUCACCGUAAUUCAGUUAGCAGAUGCAGCAGUUCGAUUCACCAGAGUUCCUGCUGACAAACUGUAUGUAGUGAAAGGUCAAACUGCUAGAUUUACAUGGGACUACCAUGUUGAUAAUAUCAACACAGAGUUUGAUUCUCGAUCACCAAGAUGGUACUUCCAUAACAACAGUUCGUUACUGAUUGGAUAUGGUGACUUGUUUGAUGGACGUAAGUUCAAGAUUUAUCCAAACACUUGUCCACCUCGAUUACUAACACCUACAGUACGAGUGAGUGUGGAGGUUAAAGCUACUUUGGUCAUCACUGAUGUUACUAUGGCUGAUUCUGGUACAUACGGAUGCAGACUGGUUUUAUCCAGUGGUUCUCUCAGUUCGAUGCCAACAAACGAAGCUAAACUGAUUGUUACAGAAACACCUUCGUUUACAAAAAAGCCAAAUGCAACAACAUCAACCAUUGAGCACUCUGACUUGAAUAUCAGUUGUACAGCGGUUGGCCUCCCAACACCAGUUGUCACUUGGGUGCAAAUAAAACAAUCUUCUACCUUAUUUAUCAUCAAAGGUAUAGGAGGUGCAGUUUUACACUUUGCAGACAUUAAAAGAAAUCAGAGUGGGACGUACGAGUGCCAUGCAUCCAAUAACCCAAAUGAGAGUCUGGUCAGAGCUAGAACUAUGGUUAUCGUUAGUUUUCCACCAGGUUCCCCAAGCUUUAAUUAUACAGAGGGAGAUGGGUGGGAUGCAGCAGUUCGAUUCACCAGAGUUCCUGCUGACAAACUGUAUGUAGUGAAAGGUCAAACUGCUAGAUUUACAUGGGACUACCAUGUUGAUAAUAUCAACACAGAGUUUGAUUCUCGAUCACCAAGAUGGUACUUCCAUAACAACAGUUCGUUACUGAUUGGAUAUGGUGACUUGUUUGAUGGACGUAAGUUCAAGAUUUAUCCAAACACUUGUCCACCUCGAUUACUAACACCUACAGUACGAGUGAGUGUGGAGGUUAAAGCUACUUUGGUCAUCACUGAUGUUACUAUGGCUGAUUCUGGUACAUACGGAUGCAGACUGGUUUUAUCCAGUGGUUCUCUCAGUUCGAUGCCAACAAACGAAGCUAAACUGAUUGUUACAGAAACACCUUCGUUUACAAAAAAGCCAAAUGCAACAACAUCAACCAUUGAGCACUCUGACUUGAAUAUCAGUUGUACAGCGGUUGGCCUCCCAACACCAGUUGUCACUUGGGUGCAAAUAAAACAAUCUUCUACCUUAUUUAUCAUCAAAGGUAUAGGAGGUGCAGUUUUACACUUUGCAGACAUUAAAAGAAAUCAGAGUGGGACGUACGAGUGCCAUGCAUCCAAUAACCCAAAUGAGAGUCUGGUCAGAGCUAGAACUAUGGUUAUCGUUAGUUUUCCACCAGGUUCCCCAAGCUUUAAUGUUACAGAUAUCGAGGCAUCUUCUGCUGUUGUACGGUGGGCAGAACCAGUUGACAAUGGUGGUAGUAAAGUUACUGGAUAUAAAGUGGAAAUUGACUCUAAGACCUAUAACUUCUCUUCCUGGAAACCUAACCAUUUCGUCAUUCCUGGUCUCACCAAAAACAAGGUGUAUGUUGUCAAAUUGUUCGCCAGAAAUGUUGCAGGUUAUGGGAAUGCCUCGAGUAAGACUUUUACCACUAAAAAGGAAGGACCACCAGGUUCACCAGUUUUAAAAAUAGUUAAAUUCAGUAAUACAACAGUGACAUUGAUGUGGUCAAAACCAGAAGAGAAUGGAGGUGAAAUAGAAUACUACACAAUCUACAAGAAACUUUCUGGAGCCGAAUGGUCGCAGAUUGGCACACUUUCAGGUGAACCACUCACAUACACUGUUAAAGACCUUCUUCCAGGCAAGACUUACAGUUUUCAUGUCACUGCGAAAAAUAAAGAUGGAAGCAGCUUGAUGGGUGUUAAUGUGAUAACCGUGACAUUGCCAGUUGAAACCACUACUCCUAACCCCGCAACAAGUGCUAUUACAUCAAGUAGAGGUUCAAGGAUUGGCCCAUUCAACGACUUCGACUACUCUACUAAAGUUGGUGUACUSGCAGCAUUCUUAGCACUUUCAGUACAGCUCAUGGAAAAUCGCAUGGAAAUAUAGGACCWAUAACCAAAAUAAUAAUAAAAAAGGUAGAAUCAUUGAUAAGAAAGCAUCAAGGAAGAGGCCAACAAACUAACUUGAUCUGGAAAUCAGGGGAUACAAUGGGUCUCAGGGCCUCGAUAGAUAGAUUAUGAGUGUUGUAUAAGUAGUAUUAAUGAGCUUUGCAAAACAAAUAUUAUGCAACAAUCGAGCAAUACAUGUUGCUCGUUAUAUUGAGUACAUUUGUCUCCAUCUUUAGCGUAAUGUGGUGUGAUUGGCUCCAGCAAAGAGAGCAGAUAAAAAUGCUUUGUGAAUUCUAAUAAGCUUUAGCAGAAACUUUAAGCAAAAAAUCUUUAUUGUAAUUUAUCGACAUUUUGUUUAUUUUAGCGAAGUAGGGAAAUGGCCGCUUUAACAAUACUAUAAUUAAAGUUGCACCAUUAUAUACACU